AUGUCACAGCCAUGGGAUUAUAUUGCUAAGCUUGUCUGCAUUGGCGACUCUGGCACCGGCAAGUCCAGCCUCACUGUCCGGCUUUGUGAAGGCCGCUUUUCCCCAUCUCAUGAUGUGACGAUCGGAGUUGAGUUUGGAUCUCGAAUCGUCCCAGUUGGUCCUCCGGCAUCGCUAGAACUUGAACUCGAUGAGCCUGUUCCCAGGGCGACGACGGGUGAUGCAUCCCCGGAAGCGUCUGUCACCUCCGGUCUUCCUACCCCUCCACGAAGGCCACAAGGUUCCCCCAGUCAGAAGCGCAUGAAACUUUCUUUGUGGGAUACUGCUGGGCAGGAGACGUACAAGUCCAUCACCCGGUCGUACUUUCGAGGCGCUUCCGGGGCUCUUCUAGUCUUUGAUAUAUCCAGGCGCUCGACCUUCACAUCAUGUACCCAGUGGCUGCACGAUCUACGGCAAAUAGCUGAAGAUGGCAUCGUCGUCAUUUUAGUUGGUAAUAAAACCGAUCUGACGGGAGUCGCUUCUGGGUCAAACCAAAGGCAGGUUACGGAGAAGGAGGCAGAGGAAUGGUGCCGCGUGAAUAAUGUGGUUCGUUAUGUUGAAACCAGCGCCAAAUCUGGGGAUGGCGUUGAACGAGCGUUUCUGGAAGUUGCCGAGAGAAUCUAUCGUAACAUUGAAAUGGGAGCAUAUGACCUCAAUGAUCGACGGAGCGGCGUGAAAGGAUUCGGUGCCUCAGGAGGACCAAACGCGGGAGUGCCUAGAACCAUCACAUUGGGCAUGGACGAUGCAAUGCGCAAAGGUGGCAAUGGCUGGACCGGGGGGUGUUGCUGA